AUGCAAUUUCUUAUUUCUCAUGGCAUCGAUUUAAAUGCAAAAGAUGUAGAUGGAAAGACUGCGCUUAAACUUGCUAUGGAAGAUGACAACACAGAAGCCGCAGAACUUCUCCUUGCACAUGGUGCUAAUCCAAACAUUUAG